AUGGCACCAACAGCUCCAUUCAACCCUCCUUCAGCUGACCUGCCCGGAAAGCCAUCUGUGCCAGAAUGGGUUCCCCCUCCGGUAACAAAGGAGAAGCACAACUUUGCUCAGCUCAAGUCAAUUGAUCUUUCGCUGCUCGACUCAGAAGACCCGGCAGUAGUAGAUCAUCUGAUCCAACAGGUCAAGAUCGCCAUCCGUGACGACGGUUUCCUCUUCCUCGAGAAUUACGGCGUUUCCUUGGAGCAGCUCCAUCGCCAAUUCGCCCUUGCACAGUAUCUCUACAACAACAUCAGCGAGGAAGACAAAGAGCGCCUCCUGUUCCACCCCGACACAGGUCUCUGGUCUGGAUACAAGCACCCUUACGGAUUCAAGCGCAACCGUGGCCCCGCCGACGGAAUCGAGCAAUUCAACUGGUACAAGCAGGAUUGGGAAGACAUCAACCGAGUCCCCACAUGCCUGCAUCCAUUCAUGGAUGAGAUUGAGGCUUUCUGCAACUACCUGACGCAGUCCGUUAACCGACGCCUCCUUACCCUCUUCUCCCGCGUCCUUGAGCUACCCGACGACUACCUCUGGAACAACGUCCAGUCUCAUGGCAGCCCAACCGGAGAAGGCUACUUCCGACAUGCCCUUUUCCGACCAGUGCAGAAGCAAACCGAGGAAGCUUCGAAAGGUCUCCGUAUGCAUGGACACACCGACUUUGGCUUGACCACGCUGUUAUUCUCCGUCCCCAUCUCCUGUCUUCAGAUCUGGGGCCGUGAUGAACAAUGGUAUUAUGUGCCGUACAAGCCCGGUGCGCUGGUCAUCAACAUCGGGGAUACUUUGGAGAUUGUGUCGGGAGGACAUUUCAAGGCCACUCGGCAUCGCGUGUUUAAGCCACCUGUGGAUCAGUUGAAUGAGGAGCGACUGUCGUUGGUGCUGUUCAACAGUUCGGUUGGUGAUUUGAGAAUGGCGCCUGCAUACGAUUCUCCGCUUAUCCAACGCGAAGGAUGCGUUGAGGAGCAAGGCGUCUACAAGGAGUUCCGGCGACUCACAUCCCAGGGCCAGCUGGUCCCAACGAACCGGGAGUGGCGCGAGAUCCAGAUUGCCACUGUCACGGACCCAACGGAUACUGUGCGUAACAGACUUGGAGCUGACCAGGUGCUUAUUGAUGGAAAGAUUAUGCAUCAACGAGAGUAUAUGGGGGUCAAGGUUGUUCUGCCUGUUUGA